GGGAGAAAAAAAGUCGAAAGAAAAAAAGCCAAAUCACGGAAGAAGUUCUCUCCAGCCUUUCUAGUUUGACAAGUUUUAGUUCUGGACAGUGAGGAGAAGAGACGUGAGGGGUAAAGCGGUGUAAAACAUUAUUCAUCGUGCUGCUGGUGUGUCGGGCUUGUUUGUGGUGACUGCAAACAUGGAAGGAGCUAUUAAGACAGUAGUGUCAAUUUUCUUGAAAUCAGCAAAGGGCAAGGAGAACCUGGGAGAGAAGGACUUCCAAAACCUAGUGAAGAACCAGCUGAAGAACAUCAUGACGGAUACAGACAGCUCCAAGGCUAUCAAGAACAUGCGUCAAGGCCUCGACUCCAACCAAGAUGGAAAAGUCAGCUUUCAAGAGUACAUGACAUUGAUUGGCUACUUGGCAAACGCAGUCAGUCAGCAGCGUUCCACCGAGAACGAGACCAACGCGGCAAAUUCGAACCAGGAGGCGAAAACAGAGGCGACAGCUGCCACAAAGGCCGAGCCAGAGGUGGCGAAGGCAGCAGAGCCUGUAAAAGAGGAAGUGCAGGUCAAGAAGGAGGAGGUAGUGGAAGUGGUGGAGUUGGUAGAGGAAGAGAAUGUAGAAGAGGUGUUAGAGGAGCGCCCGUAGGAGCUUUAAGAGAGCCACUCCAGACCUCUUUACACCCCUGUUUUGGCUUUUUUUUAAUUUCAAUGUAUUUUUGUACUAUUAUUAGCCUACCAAAUUUAACUAUCUACCAAAUGCCAAAUUUUACCACUACAUUCCAGUGCAAACCACUCGAUUUUUUUAUGUUUCAAAGCCUGUUGUCAUUGUAUUGAUCUGUAUUGUGUUUUAGCCAUUUGAAGAUUUGUAUUUGUAUUAACACAUUACCACAUGGAUCUCUCAAUGUACCCACACACACACACACACAUAAGCCAUGUUUACAACUGCAGCUUAUUAUUAGCAUGCUCAGUGACUAGUGCUUCUUGGAAGGUCAAGGUACGCCCACAUGUGACCCACUGACUCGUGUCCUAACACCACAUCUCUUUUGUUUUUUCAUGUGAAGUUUUAAGCCACUUUGUAAACAUUAGGGCUGCUUAGCAUGCUAAUGCUAAUCUCUGCUUCAUGACCAUUGCUGAAUGAUAUUGAACCCCUGUUCCAACCACUGCCAAAUAAAUGAAAUGUUAUUUGCAUACAAUAAACAAACUGGAUCUUUAAUCA